CGCGUCUUCACAGAGGCUCCACAGUAACCACGCAGGAACACGUUGCGAAGCACUGCUGAUAGAAAGACAAAUACACCGUUUUAUAUAUAUUUUUUGUGUGUUUCGUUUCGUUCAUAAAAAAGGGGAGACGGCUGCCGUCCAUGACCACAAAAAUGAGAAAUUUCGAGGCCAUAAAAGACAGAAAACAGGUGAAGACUGAAGGUUUCACAGUGAAAUCAACUAUGAAGAACUCAGUUGUUGUUGGACCCCCUGCAGCUGGUGCAUUUAGGGAAAGACCAGCGAAACCAACUGCAUUUCGGAAAUUCUAUGAGCGAGGGGACUUCCCUAUUGCCCUGGAACAUGACACUAAAGGAAACAGGAUAGCCUGGAAGGUGGAGAUUGAGAAGCUGGACUAUCACCACUACCUGCCACUGUUUUUUGACGGGCUCUGUGAGACGGUUCAUCCCUACGAGUUCUUUGCACGACAGGGAGUGCAUGACAUGCUGGAGCAUGGAGGCACCAAGAUUCUCCCCGUCAUCCCACAGCUCAUUAUCCCCAUCAAGAAUGCUCUCAACACUCGGAACAGGCAGGUGAUCUGCACCACACUGAAGAUCCUCCAGCAUCUGGUGAUCUCAGGAGACAUGGUGGGUGAGGCCUUGGUUCCCUACUACAGGCAGAUCCUGCCCAUCCUCAACAUCUUUAAGAACAUGAACCUCAAUUCUGGAGAUGGCAUUGACUACAGCCAGCAGAAGCGGGAGAAUAUUGGGGACCUCAUUCUGGAGACUCUGGAGGUGUUUGAGCGCUAUGGAGGGGAGGAUUCCUUCAUCAACAUCAAGUACAUGGUUCCUACGUACGAGUCCUGCAUGAUGAACUGAGCGGACACUAUACCGUUUCCCCACCAGCUCGCAAACUUAAUCCAGCCUAUGCAAAACUGAUUGUUGUGUACCUGAUUAAAUUAAUGAUGCCUUUUUGUGUUUGUGUUUUUAAACAUAUUUCCUGAUGCUAACAUAUUACUCCCUGGAGAACAAUGAACAGAUAUUUCAUUGAAGUUGUUAAUGUUUUUUUUUCUUCUUUCUUUCUUAGUCAUCUUAAUCAUUUAAUACCACAACCAGGGGCAUCAGAACAAUUCUAGGGGGGACUUUUAUGUUUUAAAAGUGGGUAAAGGCUUUAACACUAACCAAAUUGGCUCUGCUGCCAGCUUCCGAUAUCCCAGUUAAGUAAAAAUUUCACAGAUACAUACUGUAACUACUGCUGCAUUAAUGUUUUACAGUAGCAGCUAGGGACAUCAGACUGCUCUUAUUUCAGAUCAUUGAACAAAAAAAAAAAAGAAAAAUGUCAUGUAUUGCAUGGGCUUUACAAAAAGAGCCAGGGGUAAGAGUGCAGUUUAAUUUAUUUUAGCGUGUUCAUCUGAAUACAUCUCACCAAAUUUGAUACAUGCUUACAACCUGGAGUUAAGUUUGAUACAUUUCACCUGCUUUCCACAAAGAAUGACACUUUGUAUCAAAUAUAAACCAAUGAACACAAACUGCUAAAUAAGCACCACAAUUCUGUGAAUGUCGAAAGUAGAAACAUAUAUCAAAGUUUUAAAUAACAUGUUAACCCAGCUAAUCACAAAUAAAAUAAAAUAAAAGGGGGUCAUGUCUCGCUUUAAUCUUGGCAAAUUUGUCAACACCAGGCUGUAAGGUUUUCGCUUUGUCCGAUUAGCUCUCAAUAACUAAAUGGUCGCUCAAUCUCUCAUCCCCAGUAGCUGUAUGCAGGUAUGUUUUGAUCCUUUUCGUGCACGAAAGUAACCUUUCAUUUGCCACACUAAUAUCAACAUUUGCACACGGCGGAAGUAUGUUAGAAAAAAAAAUUAUAACAGUAAAUUUCAACCAAACUGUAUCUAAAAUUGUAGUGAACCCCCAAUAUAAUCUGCCGAUCCAGCUGUGCAUUCCAGCAUUCUAGAGCAGCUCUGCAUUCCGGUACCAUUCUAAAACUAGUGCAACUACUGCAAUACCGAAUACUAUUUUUUUUUUUUUUUUUUUAAAGAAAACCGGAAUUUAAAGAAAUGACAAGAAUCUAAAAUCGAAAUAGGGUCACAGCACAGCCCUCUAUGGUACCUUUUCUUUAAAGCAUGUAUUGUAUCUGGGCAUAAGCAAUAUUUAAUAGUUUCUUCUGCAAGUGGAUUCCUCCUUGUUGUCUCGCUGUGUUUAAUUUCCUCUGUUUUCCACCUGCUGUAGCAAACAUAUCCGACAUUUCUCUUUGACUCAUCAUGAUGUCAAUAAUGUUAUAUUAUUAUAGAAAUAAUACAAAGCAAUGUAAUUCUGCGUUGUCGAUAUAAUCGCUGGACUAUCAAUCACAAAUUAAUGAAUGCCGCCGAUGCCUUAAGACUCUGAGCGCGAGCGAUUACAUCACAUAGCAACCUUUGCCAACUGCAUUCAUGAUCCGGGUUAGAUUAGAAAAGAAUGAUGUUUGAAAAAUGCAUUUUAUUCGUUUGUGAAGAAAAAUUCAACAAUCCGAUAUGUGAUUAUAUGUGUUUAUCCAGAAGCCCCAGUAAAUACAAAGGGGGUAAGGAGAUUAUUCCACUCAAUCUGUUUGCCCAGAUGAUCUUUCAAUCUAGUGUUAGGAGACCACUGGCAUGGAUACCCUUGUCCCACUAGAGCCCAGUACUGUACUUCUGUAAAGCAGCAUUCAUUUAAUACAUAAUACCAACACCAAGAGAAUGAGCAGGGAUUGUGUUUACAUGUGGUAGAUAAUGGGUCCAAGGUGAUACUAAAAAGACAUUAUUCUGACAAUUCUAGGAAAAGCGUAGCAAAGUGCAUGCAGUCAUAGUGAAUCCCAAAUAAAUAUACUGUACCAUAGUAAAAUAAUGUACCAUGUUAUAAUUGUGUGCUCUGUGUAAAACACUACAUAACAACUGCAAAUGUACCAGAUUUAUAAGGGGUGAAGGGUCAUAUUGUUAAUAGGGAAUACAGUAGGUGGAUUUUGAAAUGAUAUUUUUCUUUCGUUUUCAAGAUGAUUAAAUCAUUUCAGGGUAUUGCUUGUUUUCUUUUUGUCUAGAUUUAGUGUUCUUAGGCUAUUGAUAUAUCAUAUGAUUUUAUCAUUGACUUUCUUCUGGUUUUGAUGUUCUUCUGGUUGAGAUCAUGAAGCGUGUCCCCAUGUGCUGUGUAUCAGUCUAGGCUUACCCAGCUCUAUAUGAGGCAGCAAAUAUACUCCCAAACCACCUGGGUACCUUUUUAUAAAAGUGCACUGCCAGAGUCAGAUCCUCCUUUUAUCUUUAAAGCAAAUGCAUUCUGUUCCAUUAUAAAACCACUCAAUAAACCACACUUUCUAUUAAAA